UGAUUUCUCACCAAGCAAUCAUCCCAACUAUUAAACCGGAGUUUAGUUCAACUCUCUGAGCCUCUCUCUAGCGCAACGUGCGUGCGUUGUUUAGAGUGAGCUUAGCUCUGAAGCGCAGCCUUUUGCUGGCGCAGUUGCAUUUGCAUUUCCGAAGAAAGUGAUAUCACACAGUGGGUUUGCGCGUACACAAAACUGUGCCAUAAAUUCAUCAUCAAACAACAACCACAACAAAAAAAAGUGCUGGCCUAAGCAGUUUCGUUCAAUUCCGAUUACGAUUCGAUGUUCAAUUCAAGCGUUGGAGAAGUUUGAUGCGGUAUAGUCACACAUACGCAUCGACUAGGUAUAAUAUUUAAGUCGGCGCAGACAUUUUCAUUGUUGAUACGGCGAGGCGAUUGUAUAGUCAGCUCACAGCUCGGCUGUCGACUCAGCCAACGCGUAUUGUCGUCGUUUUGGGUCAGUGGGAACGGCGACGUGUUGUCGUCUACUUCGCAUCAUCUCAUCGUUCGUCGCGGUAGUGUGUUUUUAUCGUAUGGUUGCUGCUGGAAUUUUUCCGAAUCAUAUCAGAUUAGUGCGGGGCGUGUGCCUUAGUUUGCCGUGCAGCAGCGGUGUGACACCUUUCUGAAAAUGGCAUUCUUCUUCAAUUUUGUGGCCAUCUGCACGAUCCUAUACUUCCUGGUACGACUCAUACUGUGGCUGGUGCUUGAUUCGGACAUUGAACUUUUCGUGAAGUCCAAAUUAGGCAAACCCAUUUCAUCACUAAGAGGAAAAGUCGUAUGGAUCACCGGGGCAUCCAGUGGUAUUGGCCGUGAUCUGGCCACAGCGCUAGCGAAGAACGGCGUACGGCUGUGUUUAUCAGCUCGCAACAUUUCGGAGCUGCUUAAAGUUAAGCAAGAUUGUAUAGCGCAAUCCAAUGGAUCCCUCGAUCCGAACGAUGUGUACGUCCUGCAGAUGGACAUGCUGGACGUAAACCAUCACAAUGACUACUUCAACAUGGUGAUAGACCACUUCAAGACGCUGGACAUCCUGGUGAAUAACGCCGGACGCUCGCAGCGUGCCGAAUGGAACAACAUCAACGUCAAGGUGGACCGAGAGCUGUUCGAGCUGGACGUGUUCGCGGUGGUGCACCUGUCGCGCAUUGCUCUGAACUUUUUCAUUCGCAACUCGAUCAAAGGCCAUUUGGCCGUCACGAGCAGCACGGCCGGUUUGAUAGGGGCGCCCAACUCGGCGAGCUACACCGGCGCAAAGCAUGCCCUCCAUGGAUAUUUCGAGACGCUUAGGAAUGAACCGUUCGAAGUGAACGUGACGAUAUUCUGUCCCGGUCCAACUGCUACCAAUUUCCUACAAGAAGCAUUCACCGAUACGCCUGGUGCAAAAUACAAUCAAGCGGUCCGUCCUGAAGACAAGCGCAUGACGAGUGAAAGGUGCGGCUACCUCUAUGCAGUAGCAUUGGCAAACAAAACACAUCUCAGCUGGGUUGGCGCCUUCCCCAUUAAUCUGAUAUUAUACAUUGGAUGUUACUAUCCAAACGUGAAAAGAUUGUUACUGAAAAUUGUCGGCAUGCGACGUCUGCGACAAGUGCGAGAUAGUCAAUAGACGCAGUUCUAUCUCCCGUCAACGGUUUCAGCCAUCGAUGCAUAUUCCAUACCAGAUCACCGUUGCACUUUGUUAGCGCAAAAGAAAACCACGUUAGUUGCUAAUUAACGUCUCACUUGGCAAAGACGAAUGAUAAAUCAAAGCACUCGAAAGACGCGUAGCACAAUUCGAUUUAUUUAUUAGCGCUAAUUAGCAAGUUUAAUUUAAUAGGGGAAAAGACGCCUUUGGCAGGUUUUGUUCUAUUAUUGUCAGGGGGGUUUUGUCGACCAAAUUUUAUGAAAUUUGGCCACAAUAUUCUUUAAUAU